CUGUGGGCAGGGACAAACUCCGCUCACAGAUUAAGCAGGGAAAUACAAACAUUAAUUUAAUUCACUGGCGCCGAUUUUUAGUGGACACAGAGGAAGACACCAUUCCGACGUGAUAAUUAUAUCAUCGCGCGUGGUAAGGAGGGGAAUAUACGAAGAAAGGGGAAAAAACUUCCUGAAUUGAAGCUGGUUCUGCAAGAGCGAGCCUGACAACCCAGUGAGUCGAGUUUCCGAAGAAGCGCUCUCAUAUUUCACUUGUCUGUCAUCAGUCAGAGGACUUGUUCGAGGCUGGCACUCGGGAUAUGAACUCCGUGGACCACUAAUCAUCUGUGGACUUUGACUGGGUGUUUUAAACAUAAUUUUCCUCAAGGUUAUAUAUAUACAUUUUUGACAAAAAAGGAGUUGUUCCUGAAGUCCGCGGCAAUGGGGGAGCAGCCGAUCUACACCACCAGGGCCCAUGUAUUCCAAAUAGAUCCAACCACCAAGAAGAACUGGGUUCCUGCCAGCAAGCAGGCUGUCACCGUUUCCUAUUUUUAUGACAGCACACGCAACAGCUAUCGCAUCAUCAGUGUGGAUGGAUCCAAGGUAAUCAUCAACAGCACAAUCACACCAAACAUGACGUUUACCAAGACAUCACAGAAGUUCGGCCAGUGGGCAGACAGCAGGGCUAACACAGUGUUUGGACUGGGCUUUGCUUCAGAGCAGCAACUUACAAAGUUUGCUGAGAAGUUCCAGGAAAUAAAAGACGCAGCCAAGCUAGCAAGGGACAAAUCUCAAGAAAAGGCGGAGACGUUGAGUAAUCACUCCCAGGAGUCUGGACGUGAAACGCCUUCAUCAAACCAAGCAUCAAGCAUUAAUGGUACAGAUGAUGAGAAAAUCUCUCAUGUCAGUCCAGAGGCUGAUACGCUGAAGACAGAAAAUGAACGUCUGAAGAGUGAGGUAGAGCAGAGCAACACCAAUGCCAAGAAGUGGGAAACAGAGCUUCAGACUUUAAGAGACAAUAAUGCCAGGCUGGUGGAUGCACUGCAGGAGUCUUCGGCUAAUGUAGAGAGCUGGAAGAAACAGCUUAGUGCCUGCAAGGAAGAGGGUGACGCACUCAGGCAAAAGAUUGCAGAACUAGAGGCUCAAGUUAAUGAAGCCAACCAAGAGAAGCAGAAAAAUUCCCAACUGACCAUCCGAGUGCAGGAGCUGGAGGCUGAGCUGCACGAGAAAGAACAGGAGCUGGAGAACCUGAGGAAGCAGGCUGAAAUAAUCCCCCAACUAAUGGGGGAGUGUGAGACCAUCACUGCAAAACUGCAGGCUGCAGAGACGAAGAACAAGGAACUGGAGGGGAGGAUAGAGGGUCUUCAGACAGACAUAGACGAUGGUCUGCAAAAACAAGGAAAUGUGAAGGGCGAGCUGAAGAAGUUCAUGGAUAUUCUGGAUGGAAAGAUAGACGAGCUGCAUGAGUUCAGGCAGGGACUCUCCAAACUAGGUGCUGAUAACUGAGGAAAAACCUGUGCUGAGCUGAAAGAGUGAAAAGUUAGGUACAAAGGAUGAACUGGAGUUUGUCUUCAGGGCAGGAACUACUGUAUAUGGCACCUACUCCCCCAAAGUGAUGCCCACUCUGAAACUAUCCGCUUUGGCUUCUAAUAAACACUAACUUGUGUGAGAGAGAGAGACAUGUUUGGAAGAGGGAGAUUGACAGACUAAAAGGAAGAAAGCCAGCAUGCCCCACAAAAUAACUCAAUCGUGUGUGCUGGCAUUUGGAAACUACAUUAAAAGUCACGCUUUGAGCUCACUCGUCCAUUCUGUGGUGGAAGGUGGCUUAAAAGAAGCUGGUGAUGGGUCCUUCGAUUCUGUCCAUCUGUCCUUUUUUUUCUUUUUCUGAAAGCUGCAGAACUUCUACUUAAGCAAUCUAAGCUUUGAGUAGUAGAGGGGAUUUAAAAGGGCUAAAAUGAACAACACAGACACAAAUACUGUUCACCUCCAAUCAAGUAAUAGUGUUAUUCCUUGUGGCCCAUUCAGAGAAUUAAAGAAGUCGUCCCUCUACAGACUGUCCUCGCUGUUGUCUCAUGUCUAUCUCAGGUGUCUCAGAAGACAGUUUGUACAAAUUAGAUUAUAUGCACAUAAAUGACAAAUGGCCGUGACACAAAGUGCCUCCAGGUGUAUCUAAAUCUCCCUGGAAAGGAAAACUGGCCAAGUCAUGAUCAUCUGACCUGAUGAUGUGUCCAUCCCGAGGAUGUUAAUGUAACGAGAAACUCAAGGACAAAGCAGGAGUCUGCAUUAAAACCACUCUGAUGGAAUUUUUCUGGUGGGUGUAUUCAGUAAAACUGUCCUUUUGCAUAGAGAAGGAAAACUCUUUUCUCAGGAUAUUUUCCUUCCAAAAUAAUAGUAUUCCCAUCUUACAAUGAGUGUAGUGGUUUAAAGAAGUUUUUCGUGUGCAUUAGUGUUGUUCAUUUGUAGAACAAACAUGUUUGUCUCCAAGGCUGUUGAUGUGCUUCCUACACACUGGUUUUAGUUAUGGUGGUGGUUAUUUCUGGAUGAGGGGACAUGAUGCUGCUCGAUGGGUAGGUUUCACUGUAAACAUUUAGAUGGACUGGGCCUUCUUACUAUAAUCCCUGUUAAAUUCUUGCUUUUGUCUUACGGAAAUAUUUAUUUUUGGUGCCUCUUUGCAAUUGGUGUUCAAGACCAGCGUUUCCCAGCACUUGUCCUUGGGGCACACUGUCCUGCAUGUUUUAUUCGCUACCCUGCUUCCGCACAUCAUGAUACAAGUAGCGAUGUCAUGAACAAAGUUGUACAGACCUUGAUAAGUUGGUGACAACUGUGUGUUGAUGCAAGGAGACAUCUGAAACAUGCAGAACGGUGUUCCCCGAGGACCAGGGGUGGGAAACAUUGUUUCUAAACAGCCAUGUACUAUUUUCCGGGUGUAGAAUAAUGUACUGAAAACAUACCAAACUCUGAGGAUGGAGAGAUUUGUAUAACCGGGGAUGGUGUCGCAUCUACUUUUUGUGAAGCCAAAUUUGAAACAUGAUACAGUACAUUGGAAAUCAAAGGCACAAGUUAUAGUUGAAUAUUUACUCUGUAAUACUAUGUCAUAUGUUUAUAUUUUUCACCACUGUUUUGAUCUUGUCAUAAGACUAAGAUCCAAUGAAGGGAUUUUCUUGUUUUCAUUUUUUGUUUUUACUUGUUUGUAAGGUACCUGAAUCUGGAUAACGCAAUGUAUGAUUCUUCCUGUUGAACCAAUGCCUAUUGUGCACUUUUGUGAUUCCUACUCAAUAUUGUACAAUAGAACUGACAAUUGGUAAAAUCUAGUUUAAUUACAAUGCUGAGAAAGUGUCUUUCUUUUCUUUUAGUUAAAUUAUUUUAAUUUGUUAUGUGUAAGAGCUCCAAAGGGGAAAUGAUGAAAGUCUUAUUUUGGGCAAUAUAUUUGUACGUUUCAUGGCUCUUUCUUUUUUUUGUCUCCUGUAGUAGAGGAGGAGGAAUGAAUCUUCAGAAGUGUCUGGCAGCUCAACUGCUGCAAGUUUUUUUUACCCGUUUAUUUACACACCACUAAAUAUAGUAAAAAUGCUCCUGAAAAUGAAAUUUGAUAGAAACUAAUCUCAAAGAUUUGUACGAGUUUGAGCUCAAACGCUGUGCUGUUGUGCUGGAUCACAGGAAAUGUUGCCUUGGCAACUUGAUCCCACUCACUUUUUUUUUUUUUUUUUUUU